AUGAAGACCAGCAGGUAUGCAACUUCCCGGCAAAAGGCCUGCCAGCAUUGUAUCACCUCUAAGGCGAAAUGCGACCGCCGUCCAGAACGCUGUGGCAGAUGUACACUCCGGGGCCUCAACUGCACGUAUCCCCAAGAGCGCGUCCGAACUCCGACCGCUGCUCCCGGAAGCCCACAACUCAGUCCUCACGCAGCCACCGUCAACCCCGGCGGUAGCAGGGUCUCAUCAUUUGGACCGCCUCCGAAGCCCCAGCAGCACAAUCCUGACGUACAAGCACCAGCGACUCCUGCAACAUCAGUACUCGCCUCUGAGGGCCCUUGCGAUGGCAAAAGCCCCGGUGUGAACUCCGCAGCAGGGCCGGCGAUGUCAACGCCCGCAUGGCCAUCGGUGUCAGUGCAUUCAAAUAGCCCACAUCCAGAUUCAACCACUACCACGGCUCACGGAGAUCUGGAGCUAUGUUGUCCCAUCAAUGCAGAUGAUAUUGCCAGCCGCUGGCUGAAUCCGUAUGUGCCCAUUCCUGGACAAGAGGUGAAAGAGUACCCGGGCCAUAUCAAGGCCUUCAUCCCCAAGAUCCUCGCGUCAUACGCCUCCGUGGCGGUCCGCGGGCGGGGGUUCCCACCAUUCGUCCACCCAGCACAGCUACAACCACUGCUGGCGAGGCCACCGCUAUCUACGUGCCUUGGUCUGGUGCGCAUCUGUGAGAAGCUACUUCCAGGCAGUGAAGGCGCCGCCGCGGAUGUGAUCCAGAGGGAGAUGAGCAUUCUCUAUGAGCAGCACGCGUCCAUGGACGACGGACUCACUCUUCUCUCGGCCUUUCAGGCGCAUCUGCUCUACUCGAUGGUGUUGUUCUUCAGGCUCGGCCACCUCGCCGGCCAGUCCCUGCGACGGGCCAUGAUGGACCUUCAAGACAUUGCAUCGCUGUGCAGCCGGCGCGGGCUUGUCUGCUUGGCGGAGCAACAGCGGGCUCGGCCGAGGUGGGAGAGUUGGAUCAUCGCCGAGGCGAAGCGGCGGACGCUUUACACUAUGUACCUUUUCGACAGCGUGCUGUCUACCCAAGAAGGCCUGCCGACCUUCCGCGGGAACGAGCUUCAGGGGUUACCCGCCCCUACUGGCAAGUAUCUGUGGGAAGCGCAGACACAGCGCGACUGGGAGACGGCAUACAACACUCAUCUAGCGGACUGGGCCGACAGUGGCCUACGCCUCGAUGAGCUCUGGCCAGCUCCUUCAUGGCUAGAUGAGAGCAGCCUUGUGGAGCGGCGGAAGAGAGUAGACCAGUGGCUGGACGAUGUUGAUGGGUUCGGGACCAUGAUCUACGCCGUUUCCAGUUCUCUCACAGCUCUUAAUCAAGAGUCACGAUAA